UGGCCCUGAAAAAUAUCACAUGGAGUCGGCAAAACCAAAGUUUACAAAUUAAAAUUAUACUUACCUAUAUUUGAUUAUCUGGGUAUAACUUCUAAUAAAAAUGAGUCAAAUAUUGAAUAAAAUCAGGGAGGUUGACCCCCAUAACAGUGAUGCAGUUAAAGAUGUGUUAUCCGUGUUCUUUCAAAACUUACCCAAACACAUUGAAGUGGGCAGCAGUCAGUGGCUGAGAGCCCUAGAAUAUGUUAUCAACAGAUUCCCAAAAUAUUGCAUGACACAUCGAAACACAAUUGAGACAUUCUUGACAAACUUUUUGGACACAAAAAAUUAUUACAAUGUCAUUGAAGCAGCCAAAUGUGGACAUGCUCUACAACAGGUGCGACCAUCACAAGAAAAGACAGCUACUCCUAAGACUAGCUGGAGGGAACAGAUGGAGCUGUUGUGCAGAUCAGCUCACUCCCUCAUUGGGGCAAUAUUUACCAAUGAUGUGCUGAAGAAUGGGGGCUAUUAUCAGAAUGAUUCAGACAGUGUGCCUCCAACAUCGCCGCUGUCUGUAGCUCUGUCCAAGCUGAAGGAUGUCUCGGCACACAGUCCCUCUACUGAGGAGAAGAACGAGCUGCUGUGCACGCGGCUCAGGAACGUGUUCGUGUUUAUACAAGCUAUGCUCGUAGAAGUGUAUCCAGUAGCAAAGCCAAUCAGGCCACAAACAAUAUUUGAUGUGACAGUCCGGGCCCUGACUGCAUCUAGCGGCUCCAACCAAACCUUGUCUGGGACGCAGCUGGCACUGAUCAAGACACAGGCUCUUAGGACUUUAGAUGCUAUGGCUGCUUGCUUGGGAUCAAACCUGAUUCCAUUCUCUCCUUUGAUGAUCCGAUUGGCGAUGCAGACUAUCAGGUGGACAGCUGAGAACCCGAGUGAUGAGACUAGGGAGAUCCGUUGCCAAGCGUACAGGUCGCUGUCAAGCUGGCUGUCUCGCCUCAAGACACACAAGGCGUCAGGGACCUGGCCAGAUGAGCUCGUCACCAGGGCGGUCGAAGAUAUCACCCCUACUGCCAAGACAAUACAACUUACUAUGAGCAGUCAACCCACAAAGAACAUGAGCAAAAAAGCGAAGAGGAAACUGGCCAACUCAAUGCUGAUGGACAGCAACAUCGCCAGCCACAUGCCGGGCGAGAAGAACAAGACCUUAUUAUCUGAUGAAUCAGCGGACGAGGUGGCUAUAGCGGCUUUAGAGUGUAUUGAAAUCUUCCUAACCGUAUGUGGAACAUUCUUGAAACCGUCUGCACAUAAGCUCCUCCAAACCGCGCUAGUCCGGUGCAGCGCGGCCCUCUCGCAGCUGCCGUGUCGCCGCGGCGUGGCGCUGUGCCGCGCGCUGGACGCUGCCCGUAUCGCCGCGCCGCCCACCGCGCCGCCCCCCACGCAGCACUGCCUGCAGAUAUACAGCGACGGGGUGCACUCGCCGCACGAGGAGAUAUCCCGCAUCUGCUCGCAAGCGCUGCUCAACAUCCGUCUGCACCUGCACUGCUCGCCUCCUUCCUUGAACUUCGCGAUCGAGGCGCCCGCUGAGAGCAAGGAGCCGGCAGCGGUGAAGACCGUGUCGGAGCGGAAUAGGGCAGCGUUGGAGGCGCUUUUGGGACCGGAUAAAAUGCCGCCUAAUGGUGACGCAGAAGAAGUAAUAACAAUAGUGGAUGAGCCUUCCAGGAAGAAAGCACGACUCUCAGAAGAUGUUGACGACAAGAUCAGCGUCAGUAGCCAAGACUCAGUGGAAAUACGAGAGAACUCUGAGAGCAAUGCUGAAUCUACAGGCGAAGUAGCAGAGGUGGCCAUAGAAGUUGAUGACAUUGAUGGAAAAUCAAACGAAAGCCCAGAUAUCAAUGAAAUUGAUGUAGUAAAUGGAGAUAUUAAUGAAGAAAUUGACCCUGCUGUAGCAGUAAACACUAGCAGUGCCAUUUACGAUGCAACAACGCAGUUACCAGUGGACGAGUCAGUCGAAACAAUAGAUGAUGAAGCUAGUCCAAAAUACUUAGAAGUAGCUUAUGACUUUCCAAAUACUGGGAAGAACAAAGUGACGGUCUUAGAGAAAAUGGAUGAUGAGAACCUACCAAGCACUAAUGAAACUGAUGACAUACACAUAACUUGUGGACAACAGUUGAAGAGUUCUCAAGAUGUUUCACAGAAGAAAAGUGAGGAAAUUGAAGUAAAACUCUUUGAACCUAAACUUAAUGGUAUAGAAGAGGAAACAGAGGUAGUUUUAACAAAUGGUCAUGCUGACCCUAAAGAAAAUAUAGCAGAAAGUACAAUCAUUGUUAAAAUUGCCGAUGGUGAUGAAGGCGUCACUGUUGAAGAUAUGUUGGCUGAUUUUGUAGAUGAGGUAAAUGAAGAGGUGGUCAACGUAGACGCUUAAAGCAUUUACACCAUAUUUAGACCUACUUAUUAUAAGCUUACAGUGCCAAUAAAAAUCCCAUAAUAUUCA